AAAAAAAGAUAGAGAUGGAGGAGGAUGAGAGGGAGAUGAUAGAUCAUUGGAGCCAUGAGCAUCUACUUACUUUGGUGGAUACUCGUGAAUUAGAAUUCUGUUACGGUUGUUUAGUGCGGUUUGGUAGCGGAGAGCAAGCUUAUGGAUGCAGCGUCGAGGGGUGUGAGUAUUCAAAACUACUGCACCAAGAAUGUGCAGCAAUGGCGAGAGAGAUACGGCGUCCAUUGCACCACCCUCAGCACGUACUCAUCCAACGGCAUGAACGUUCCUUAUGGUGGUGUGAUAUCUGUGGAAAGACUAUUUGGAGCAUUGGCUACAAAUGUACAAGCUUAGAAUGCAGGUUCCAGAUGCACCUGAGAUGCACGGAUGACAGCGACCAGCUGAUCGAUGCAGCGACCCCUGACGUUGAUGAGAAAAGGCGUGCCAUCAUUCGCCAUCCAAGUCACCCCAGCCAUGACUUGAAGUUUUUUAGGAGAAGGUGUCCCUUCAAGUGCGAUGCUUGUGGCGCCACGCGCAAAGGGAGUUCCUACACAUGCACCGUGGAUGAUUGUCAGUAUUGGAUCCAUGAGAGAUGUGCUUCAUUGCUUCCAAACUUGAAAAGGGAAGACCACCAUCACUCUCUUUCCCUCUCUUUUCAUGUCCCAAGAGAAUAUAUCAGAUUUGACUACAAAUGUGAUGUAUGCAGCAUAUCCUUUCUACCCAACUAUUGGAUAUAUCACUGUCAACUCUGCAGAUUUAUCGUCCAUGUCAAGUGCGCCUUCGACAAGCCGCCUCGCAUCACUCAAAAAAUUGGGAAGGACAUGAUCCAUUUUCCAAGAGAUGAGGUGGUUGAACAACUCAUUACACCUUUUGUGAUGAGAGAAAAUGGAGGAACAACAUUCAUACCACCCAUCAUCAUACAACCUUAUAAUGAUGAUGAGUUGGUGAAUAUGAAAUAUAAGUUCCUUCAUCACCAACAUCUGCUCACUUUAGUCUCAUCCACAUCUCAACACCCUCAAAACCUAGGAGAAGAAGAAGACGAGGAGAACUAUGGAGUGAGAUCGGAAUUGAUGUGUGAUGGGUGCAUCACUCCUAUAUCAUCAUCAUCAUCAAGUAGUAGUAGUAGUAGUAGUAAUAGUAAAUGUUACUACUACUACUACUACAUGAGUUGCAGUGAAUGCAAAUACAAUCUUCACUUGGCAUGCUUUCACUUGCCACCUCAACUCUCCUCACUUCCACUCCACCACCACGAUUAUCACCACUCCCUGGACCUCCGAUCUUGCGACAGACGUCGACCUUGGGAGAGGAUAAGAUGCAGUGUGUGCGAGUAUCAUAUGAAUGGGCUGUUUUACAGUUGUACAAAGUGUAGCUUCCAAGUAGAUAUCCAAUGCGCUUGUUUGCCGGAUACCAUACUCCACGCAGCUCACCCUCGACAUCUCCUCAAGUAUGUGACUCAGUCGGAUGUACGCGAGGAUAUCAACUCAUCACGCUUGUCAUGCGCUGCUGGUUGUGACAGCGACAUAAACUAUUAUGAUUGUUACAGGUGCAGCAACAGCUCAUGUGAUUUCAUUGUGCACCUUAGAUGCGCUGUGCUGCCGGCAUCAGUCAGCAGCCGUAGAUGGGACGAGCACCACCCGCUUCUGUUGACGUACGACGCCACUCUCAACCGUCCUGGCGAUUUCUACUGAGAUCAAUGUGAAACACAAAUGAAUCCCAGGAGAUGGAUGUAUCACUGCCGCACCUGCGAUGUAUCCUUCCAUCCUGAAUGCUUUCCAACUACAUCCGGAAGGUAUAGAAACAUCAAGAUGGGUCAGGAAUAUGUGAUCAAUGACGCAAUUCAUCCACACCCUCUCACCUUUCAACUUCUCACCACAAAACGCCGCUGCGACAUUUGUCAUUACAUUAAGAAUGAAAAUCAAGGAUUUUACUGUGCAUUAUGCAACUUCUUCAUUUGUCUCGAAGACUGCGGUGGAAAAAUGAUCGAAAAUGGUGAC